AGUGAUGGGUUUGGUCCGUUCCCAGUAUUGUUAUGACGCUAUCAAUUAACAUUUAAAAUGUAUAUUCAACCAUUUAGGACUUGGUAAAAGUAUUAAAUUUAUUUGUAAAGUGUAUUGAAUGGUGUACCGAUCGUUUUUAAAAUGUCUUUGAGUGCGAGUGCGGAGAAUUUAGCCACCGAACCGCAGGGGUACGAUGGAUCCAGUAAUAUGUGUUUGGAGCUCGCUCUUGAAGGCGAAAGAUUGUGCAAAGCUGGUGAUUGUAGAGCUGGGGUCGCUUUUUUCCAAGCGGCCAUCCAAGCCGGUACAGAUGAUCUUCGGACGUUAAGCGCAAUUUACAGCCAAUUGGGGAACGCGUAUUUCUAUUUGGGAGAUUAUGGCAAAGCUAUGCAGUACCAUAAACAUGAUCUCACACUUGCUAGAACAAUGGGUGAUAAAUUAGGUGAAGCCAAAGCUUCUGGUAACUUAGGAAACACUUUGAAAGUUAUGGGAAGGUUUGACGAGGCUGUUGUUUGCUGUAAACGCCAAUUAGAAUUAUCAAGAGAACUUGACGAUAAAUUAAGUGAGGGAAGGGCACUUUAUAAUUUAGGAAAUGUUCAUCAUUCGAAAGGAAAGCAUGUCGGGAGAGUUGGACAUAAGGAUGCUGGAGAAUUUUCUGAGGAAGUUAAAAGUUGUUUAAAUCAAGCAGUUACAUUUUAUGAAAAAAACUUGAUGCUUAUGAAAGAUUUGGGUGACGUCGCAGCCCAAGGGAGAGCCUGUGGGAACUUAGGAAACACUUACUAUCUCUUGGGGGAUUUCGCCCAAGCGAUUAAGUAUCACGAAGAACGUCUGUCCAUUGCUCGUCAGUUUGGUGAUAAAGCAGCCGAACGACGAGCUCACAGCAACUUGGGAAAUUCGCAUAUAUUUAUGGGACAAUUUGAAGAAGCAGCUCAUCAUUACAAGAAAACUCUUUCUUUGGCUCAAGAAUUAAAAGAUCGCGCGGUCGAAGCUCAAGCUUGUUACAGCUUGGGAAACACUUACACUUUAUUAAGAGACUACGAAACCGCCAUCGAAUAUCAUUUGCGGCAUCUUUUGAUCGCUCAACAUUUAAUGGAUCGCGUUGGAGAAGGUAGAGCUUGUUGGAGCCUCGGAAACGCUCACGCUGCUCUUGGAAAUCACGAGAAAGCUUUACAUUUUGCUAAUCAACAUCUCGAAAUAAGUAAAGAGUUGAUGGAUACAAUGGGUGAAGCUACGGCUAAAAUGAACAUUGCUGAUUUAAAAAAAGUUUUAAAUUUACCUGAUAGCCCUGAAAGUGGUGAUGAUAACAAAAAUGUUACAACCCCACCAACAACGAAAGUUGAUGGUCUCGUUAACAGCAGGAUACACAGGGUGAGACGUGAAAGCAUGGAACAGCUUGAUUUAAUUAAGUUAACACCAGAUGGAAAACAAAGGCAAGGAGUAACUCUAAUACCUAAAUCUCAAAGCGAAAUAGCAGUUUCCCCCGCUAAAAAUGAAGAUGAGGACAGUUUCUUCGAUUUGCUCUCUAGGUUCCAAUCGAAACGAAUGGAUGAUCAACGUUGCGCUCUAACGGUUUCAGAGAAUAAAGAAAACACAAACGUCGUUAAUUUGCCUUCCAAAAAUGAUGGCCCAGAUGAUUUAAUGGAUAUGAUUUGUGGGAUGCAAAGUAAAAGAAUGGACGAACAAAGAGUUGCGCUUCCUCAUUUACCAGGUUUACAACCAAGUUCUCUUCAUCGUUUACAAGAAUCAUCAAGAAAUACAAUUCCCGACGAUUCAUUUUUGGAUCAAUUAGUUCGUUGUCAAGAUUCUCGAUUGGAAGAUCAAAGAUCACCGCUUCCAGCUGCACCAGUAGUUGAUUCUGAGUCCGAUCCACCAGCGGCGAACGCAGUUCCAAAAAGUGGCGCUACCGUGCCGGAUGAGGAUUUCUUUAGCCUUAUAAUGCGGUUUCAAUCGGGUAGGAUGGAGGACCAAAGAGCUUCUAUACCGCGAUUAGUGCAAAGAAUUGCAAAUGGAAAUAUACCGCAUCAAUAUCCAACCAAUAACUGUAAUAAUAACAUACCCAAUAUGCGAAAGAAAAAGUAAAA